AUGACAACCACGACUGAACCUCUCUACCUUGGAACUCUAGCUCUCAGCAAACUACCCUUGCAAUUCUCCUUAUUGGUGGACCCUGAUAUUCCAUCAUGUGAAGAAGGACUUUACAUACCACGUUUUCAACAUCCAACACCCGAGAAUGGACAACAUAUCUAUGCAGAGGUCAACAAAGAGGUGGAGAUCAGAGUCAAAGCGAAAGCUAUGCAAUCAAUAAUACAUGACAUCAUUAUGAGUGGACCAAGAAAUAGCAAUAAGCACAGAACCACACACAACGAGUUCGUCAUAAGGUGGAUCCCGAAGCCUGGCGAUAUAGGUGGACACUUCCCACUGUGUUUUGCUGUCGAAUCAGGGCCCAAUCCAGUCUAUCAAUCUGAAAUGAGGUGUGUGCUGAUUAAUGUAAACAAGAAGACAGUUGAAGCCAAGGUGACCUGCUAUCAGUCCAGUAUGAAAGUAGAAGUUGAGAAAGCUUCACUCAGUGGGAUCCAUGUGGACCACCUACGUGUCAAUGAUGGCAGCAACAUUCUGUGCAAUCUCCAGACAAACUCCAACAGCACACAUGUAGUUGGAAUCAUCCCCCUUAACUCUUGUGGCACUCUUCUGGAGGAGGACGAAACAUACCUUAUUUUCAAGAAUGAAAUAACAACUAUAGACGACCCCGAUGACUUUAUCACCAGGAAACACAGACUGGAAUUGGACUUUGAGUGCCAGUAUCCGAAACGAGGAAAUGUGACCCAGACUUUCCUCUCACACAGAGAGACAUUCAUUGUUUGGGAAAAGGGUUUCGGCAGGUUCACCUAUCAGUUCGAGUUCUACCCGAAUGACCGAUUCCAAAGCAGGAUUAGUCCAAACUCAUACCCUAUAGAAUAUGAACUAGGAAAGAGGAUUUACAUGAAGAUAGAAGCCUCCUCCUCCAUCAACAAUACAGAACUUUUCGUUGAAUCGUGCAGAGCUGCUCCAUAUGACAACCCUAACGUUCGGCCGACUUACUCUAUCAUUGAAAAUGGAUGUGCAGUGGAUCAAACAGUUUUGAUGUACAACACUUCUGAUCAACAUGAAUUCAAGUUCAGCAUGGAGGCCUUCAAAUUCAUUGGUUUGCAUGAGCAAGUAUAUAUCAGCUGUUCAGUCAUGAUGUGUGAGGCAGGGAACCCAUACACUCGGUGCUCAAAGGGAUGCAUCAACACCACAUCCGAACACCAUUAUUAUAAGAGAGAGGCUGUCAUCCAAAGCGCAAACCAUUUGGUUUCUCAAGGGCCAUUACGUCUUCAGAGAUCAGUAGAGGGUAACGAAACCACAGUGAUGAAUUUCAAUCUGAACCUCGUCUUUAUUGCUGGAUGUCUUCUCGCAGUUGCUGGCAUGGUGGCUGUUGUCAUGUACAAAGCCAAAAUGUCCAGGUUUACGUAUCAACGUUUGCCAACUUCUGAAAAUUAA